AUGGCGACAAACAACGAGGUUGUCCGUCCCGUCACAAGCUUCUCCCCAAGCCUGUGGGGAGAUGAAUUUCGGUACUUUGUCUUCGAUAAUGAAGUUGCAGAAAGGUAUGCUCAAGAGAUUGAAGUGUUGAAGGGACAAGUAAUGAGCAUGUUGGUAAGUAUUAGGAGUGCCAAGUUAGCUGAGAAGCUAAACUUCAUUGACACCAUAGAACGUCUCGGCAUUUCAUAUCACUUUCAUGAAAUGAUUGAUGAGAUGCUAGAAAAUAUUUACCACGUCAAUCCUAACUUCCAGUUAGGAGAUGAUUUGUGCACUUCUGCACUUCUGUUUCGAUUGCUGAGGCAACAUGGUUAUAACAUCUCUCCAGGAAUCUUUCAUAAUUUUCAAGAAAAUGGAAAAUUCAAAAGCACUUUUUCCAACGAUGUUAAGGGAUUGUUGAACUUAUAUGAAGCUUCACACGUAAAGGGGCAUAACGACGACAAUUUGAAAGAGGCUUAUACCUUCUCAAAAACUUAUUUGGACGUUAUUGGUCCACAACUGAGCUCUACUUUGGGAAAGCAAGUGAGACAUGCCCUUGACCAAUCCUUGCACAAGGGCAUCCCUAGAGUAGAGAGUAGCUACUUCAUCACAGUGUAUCAAGAAGAUGAGUCCAAGAACGAUGUUCUACUCCGGUUUGCAAAGUUAGAUUUUAAUUUGUUGCAAAUGCACCACAAGCAAGAACUCUGCGAACAUAUGAGGUGGUGGAAGGAGUUGGACUUUGUCACUACACUUCCUUAUGCAAGAGACAGGGCUGUUGAAUGUUACUUUUGGGUGUUGGGAGUAUAUUUUGAGGCAAAAUAUUCCAAAGCUCGACUCAUGCUUGCCAAAAUUAUAACAAUGACUUCCGUUUUAGAUGACACAUAUGAUUCUUUUGGAAAGCCGGAUGAAUUAGAGAUUUUUACCGAUGCCAUACAAAAGUGGGAUAUACGUCAAAUGGACCGUCUUCCCCAUUUUAUGAAGAUAAUCUAUAAAACUCUUAUAGAUCUUUUUGAGAAGUACGACAAAGAACUAUCAGAAGAAGGAAGAUCUUUUGCAGUUCAUUACACAAAAGAACGAGUUAAGGAACUUGUGAGUUCGUACAAUAUUGAAGUGAAAUGGUCUACGGAAAGAUGCAUACCACCGGUUGCUGAGUAUCUAAAAAAUGGACUCCUUAGUAGCACCCUUUACUUGCUCAUCACAGCUUCUUUCCUUGGCAUGAAGUCCGUUACAAGAGAAGCAUUUGAAUGGUCAAGUCAAAACCCUAGAAUUAUUGAGGCCAAUGCACUAUUGGGUCGUGUUAUUAACGACAUAGCUUCCUAUGAGCGUGAGAAAUGCAACAGGGUAAAUGCAACUGGAAUUGAUUAUUACAUGAAUGAUUAUGGUGUAACUGCUGAAGAAGCAAUGGACAAGUUUCAAGAAAUGGUAGAAAAUGCUUGGAAAGAUACCAAUGAAGAUAUUCUUCAACCAAUUCCAUCGGCUGUCUCAACUGAUAUUCUUAUACGUAUUCUCAACUUUGCUCGCAUUGAUGAUGUAGUUUAUAAGAACAAACAAGAUGGGUAUACUAACCCUGAGAAAGUUUUGAAGCCUUGUAUUUUUUCUCUUUUGGUCAACUCCUUUGAAAUCUAG